CAGCCCUGCCUCUUGGUGCUUCCAUUCGUCAAACCCUAGCCGCCGCGCUCGCACUCGCUCCACCCCCGAUGCCCCCUCUCCACCCCUCUCACCGACGGCGCCGUCCGCGUCCACCCGCCUCUGCCGUCUCCUUCCUUCUCCCCGUUGGCCCCCUCCACCUCCUCUCUGUCAUCGUCUGACCCAGAUGCGGCCGCAGCCCGCCAGCGCAGUAGGCGGAGGAGACGCGGCUAAGAGGAGCACGAGCCACCGCCGACGCCUACCCGACGACGCUGUGAAGGAGUCGACCAGAGAGGGAGGACGUCGUGAACCGAUGCGGGCCCAACGGUGUGUGCGCGUGCCUCCGCGGGUUCGCGCCGCGGUCGCCGGAGGCGUGGGCGCCGCGGGUCAAGCGCGUGGGGUGCGUGGGCGCCAUGGCGCUCGACUGCCGCAACGGCAUCAGCGGCUUCGUGCCAAUGAAGCGCGGCAAGGUCCCCGACACGACGGCUAUCGUGGUGGACUUCGGUGCCAUCCUCGCGGACUGUGCGCAGAGAUGCCCACGGGACUGCUCGUGCACGGCGUAUGCCAGCGCCAAGCUCAGCGGAACGCCAAGGACCAGCACGCUCGAGGACCUCCGUGUGUUCCCCAACUUCAGCCAGGAGCCCAGGACCUCUAUGUGCGCCUUCCGCUGCCGAUCUCGGAGGGUCACGGCCGAUGCUCGUCAGGAUCCAACCACACAACGAGCCAAAGGAUGCGCCAUGGAUUCACUGUCCGGUUUGUCAGUCUGGGUUCAUAAGGACAUAUUGAUGGACAAUUCUUAUGAUGGUAUAGCUGUAUAUGAAGUUCCAUAUACAUCGAUCCCCACUCAUCUGGUAGCCGAAGGCCUGCAGCUCCCACCGUGAUAUCCUCUCUCGGCUUUCGCAUCUUCAUGACUGAGAUGUAAGCGUUGUUCAGGCCCUAUGAGAAGGUGAACCACUCUAUCAAAGGCGAUGAACUCAUCCAAUUUGUACCUCCAAAAAACUUACUUCCUAUGUGUUCUUGGGAUCAAGUAAUGUGAUGUUCAUUUACUAAAUUCUGGCAGAUCAUGGAGGAGGA